CUGAACUGCAACUCCCACAAUGCAGUUCCGUCGAACUGUUUGCGCAGUUGUGGCCAAAUCCAGGAGUCAAAAGUAGCUUUAGCGGAGGGGACAUUGAAUGACUUUGUCCCUGUGUGGUUUCACGUGAAGAAAAGUUCUUUGGAGGACAGUUCGGAUUUCUGGAUCGACGCUAAUGGAGGCCCUUAUACCUGUCAUUAAUAAGCUGCAAGAUGUAUUUAACACAGUCGGUGCGGAUAUCAUUCAGCUGCCCCAGAUAGUUGUUGUUGGAACCCAGAGCAGUGGGAAGAGCUCUGUUUUAGAGAGCCUAGUCGGCCGGGACAUCCUACCGCGCGGAACCGGCAUCGUGACGCGUCGGCCCCUCAUCCUGCAGCUUGUACACAUUGACGCAGAUGAUCGCAGGAAAACCAAUGAAGAGAAUGCAUCCAAGAAAAAUGGCCGCCUUUACAAAGGCAUCGAGGGAGAGGAAUGGGGUAAAUUCUUGCACACCAAAAACAAGAUCUACGCAGAGUUUGAGGAGAUCAGGAAAGAGAUUGAAGCAGAGACGGAAAGAAUUUCGGGUAACAACAAGGGUAUUAGCGAUGAACCUAUUCACCUGAAAAUCUUCUCUCCGCAUGUUGUGAACCUCACGCUAGUGGACCUUCCUGGCAUCACAAAAGUACCAGUGGGGGACCAACCUAAUGACAUAGAGAUCCAGAUCAGGGAGCUGAUUCUAAAAUACAUCUCCAACCCUAACUCCAUAAUCCUGGCUGUGACUGCUGCCAACACCGACAUGGCGACGUCAGAGGCUCUAAAGGUGGCCCGAGAGGUCGACCCAGACGGAAGGAGGACCCUCGCUGUGGUGACCAAGCUGGAUCUUAUGGACGCCGGCACAGAUGCCAUGGAUGUUCUGAUGGGCAGAGUCAUCCCUGUCAAACUGGGUAUUAUUGGAGUAGUUAACAGGAGUCAGUUGGACAUCAAUCAAAAGAAAUUAGUGGCGGAUUCCAUUCGUGAUGAAUAUGCCUUCCUACAAAAGAAGUAUCCAUCACUCGCAAACAGAAAUGGAACUAAAUAUCUGGCUAGAACAUUAAACAGGCUGCUGAUGCAUCACAUCAGAGACUGCCUUCCCGAGCUGAAGACGAGGAUCAACGUGCUGGCGGCGCAGUACCAGUCUCUGCUGAACAGCUACGGCGAGCCCGUCGAGGACAAGAGCGCCACCUUGCUGCAGCUCAUCACCAAGUUUGCUGCAGAGUACUGCAACACCAUAGAGGGCACGGCCAAGUACAUCGAGACGGCCGAGCUAUGUGGCGGCGCGAGAAUCUGUUAUAUUUUUCACGAGACGUUUGGUCGCACUUUGGAGUCUGUGGAUCCACUGGGCGGCCUGACCACCAUCGACGUGCUGACGGCAAUCAGGAAUGCAACGGGGCCGAGGCCCGCUUUGUUCGUGCCCGAGGUUUCGUUUGAGCUGCUGGUGAAGCGGCAGAUCAAACGCCUGGAGGAGCCCAGUCUGCGUUGUGUCGAGCUGGUUCACGAGGAGAUGCAGAGGAUCAUCCAGCACUGCAGCAAUUACAGCACACAGGAAUUGUUAAGAUUUCCAAAACUCCAUGACGCCAUCGUGGAGGUGGUCACCUCCCUCCUCAGAAGGAGACUUCCAGUCACAAACGACAUGGUUCAUAACCUGGUUGCCAUUGAGCUAUCCUACAUCAACACCAAACACCCUGACUUUGCAGAUGCCAUUGGCCUCAUGAACAAUAAUCUAGAUGAGCAGAGACGCAGCAGAAUGAGAGACUUGCCUCCCUCCGUUCCCAGAGAUAAGUCUUUUAAAAGCCCCGUUGGGCAGUCUGUGUCCCCCUCUGAGCCUCUUCUCCUGGAAGGGGAGGCCGCUAAGGCAGCAGCUGCUAGCCUUCAGAGCGGUUCUGUUAAUGAGCAGGGAGAUGGAGGCACAGGCAACUGGAGAGGCAUGUUCAAGAAAGGAGAGGAGGGUCUACCGGCUGACAGGACGACACCCCAACCUCUGUCCGCCAUCAGCCCGCAGAGGGGCCACGCCGUCAACCUGCUGGAUGUGCCAGUACCAGUAUCCAGAAAGCUGUCUGCUCGUGAGCAGAGAGACUGCGAGGUCAUCGAGAGACUCAUCAAGUCAUACUUCCUUAUUGUUCGGAAAAAUAUCCAAGACAGUGUACCAAAGGCUGUGAUGCACUUCCUGGUGAACCACGUGAAGGACUCCCUGCAGAGCGAGCUGGUGGGUCAGUUAUACAAGACCACCCUGCUGAAUGACCUGCUGACAGAGUCUGAGGACAUGGCUCAGAGGCGCAACGAGGCCGCUGACAUGCUAAAGGCUUUGCAGAAAGCCAGCCAGGUGAUCGCAGAGAUCAGAGAAACCCACAUGUGGUGAGCGUCGCCGCUCUCCAUCAACUACCGUUCAUGGCUUCUGGGACCGUCAUCCUCACAGACCAUCCGUCUCCAGCAUCCUCCUCCGACCGAGUCCCGACGCGCCUCGGAGCUAUGAGACCACUCGUAAAAAUGCACUGUCGUUGGAAACGUUCCUCACCAGUAUAAAAUUGUAAUGUACAGAACAGCGAGGACUGUCUAUAAACAGGGGAUGGUGUGUGGUACCCCCUCUUUAUCAGCAUUACACACAUACUGUAGUCCCAGAUUAUAUUUUUCUUAAUGUAAUCAAAGGCAGAAACAUGAGAAAUUUUAUGUCGCCACUGUGUGGAGUCUUGCUGGGAAACUUCUGCUCCUAUUUUAGAUUGAAAUAAAAGCUAUAAAUGAUUAAACGGUA